CUUCUGGGGUUUGUAGUCCACGUUAUGGAGCGUUACUAUCAACAUGAAGCUAUAAACUAAGGUAGUUUUUCCAGGACCCAUUGCUAAAUCUAACAGAGUUCAAAGAGGUGCUACGAAAUUGUCAAGGAGGAGUUUGCCUGUAUGUGAUUGAAGGAAAUAACGCUCAUGGACUGGACUAUUUUAAAUGAUUUUAAGGCUCUGACUAGGCAGACUAUUAGUUAAGGGUUGAAUGAAGUAAUUGAGAGCAGCUCGGUUGGAACAGAAACCAGCAAGCACAGAGUACACUGGGUUCUCCAAGACCAGGGUUCAAAUCCACCAAGUUAUAUAAUAGUGGUAACUUUUACAAGCUCCUUUUCUGUGUUAUUCGCAGCCAAUAUGCCUAUGCCCUCACGCAGCUUCUGGUCACAUGGUUUAUGCCAGUUCCGGUUUCCUGUGCCUCUGCUUGUUUGAACGGAUUGUGUGGAGUUCGCUGCGUUUUUGCUUUCUUAUUUAAAAGUAAAACAAUGUGUGAUGAUGCUGUCAAUAUUGAUAUGUCAGAGAAGUUACAGUCCCGCCUAGAAAAGUUAGAGGAGUUGACAGAAUUCACAGAUAACUGCCAGAAAAAGCUAGACGGUCUGUUUGCGGCAUUUGGGUGGAGCCCUGACACUGAUGGCAGCAUCGCUCAGUUUGAGCCCACUACUGUUUGUCCAUAUGAUUUCCAUCAUGUAAUCCCAAAGCAAUCCUUGGAAAAGCACGUGGCCUUCUGUCGAUUGAAUAAACUGGGAUAUUCCAAAGAGGAGCAGGCAGAAAUGUAUGAUCCGUCUGUUUUCUAUGACAAGGCAAACAUACCCACCAUGACUAUUGACAGAAGCUUGCAGAGCCAGAUAAUACUACAAGCAAAAGCCAGUGAAGACGGGAAGCACAAUCAAAGUGACUAUUCUUCAGCUCCUGUGGAAGUGCCUGAAAAUCACAAGCGUGCAAUUUGUGACCUGACCGUGGCGGAUCGUCUUGCCAUUUACAAUCAUGUGAUCGCAGAGACCAGCCGGCAGAAAUCUAAGACUGAGUCUGCUGAAAAUGACGAUUUGUACGUGGAUUUAGCUGAUAAGCUCAAACGAGAUGAGGACCUGAAUUGUCCAAAAUCGCAUCUUGAGGUUCUUGCAGAAAUGAGGGACUAUAAGAGGAGGCGUCAGUCCUACAGAGCCAAAAAUGUCCAUAUUACAAAAAAGUCUUACACAGAGGUUAUUCGAGAGGUGAUUGAUGUGCACUCGGGGGAGCUGGCCAGGUUGUGGCAGCUCGAGGAUGAGACACCCCACAAGACACAAGGACACAGUAGGCAAGGCAGCCUGUCCCGCACAGUAACAUCUUCAGCAACAUCACAGAGACGGAAAUCAGGUGACAGGAGGUCAGCCUCAGUGGAGUCCCGUCGGUCGCAUGGAAGUUCAAAAGAUGCAGAGCGUUCACGGCACAGACGGAAGAGAAGCCGGGAUCGGGAUUCCAGGAGGAAGAGGAAAUCGCGUUCUCCUGAUGAAAGACAUCGGGACCGCAAAAGAAGAAAAUAAAUGUUUUCUUUGCUGUAAAAUAGACUGCUGAAGUAAAAUAAUCUAAAGUGGUAUACAUGAACUCAUUUAAUAGGAUUACUUUGAAGAAAAAGAUAUACCACUAUAGAAAACUUGUGCAGUACUUCUGAUUAUUGAUCAGAGUGUGAAUUCCAACGGCGAUAUCUGCACAAUAAAGGAAAGAAGAUAGAGCUGUAUGUAGUAUUUUACUACAUUAAUUUUAUGUGAUACUGUAUAAAUAUUAAAAACUCAUUUUACCA